UAACAACUGUCCUAGCUGACUGCAAUCUGUGUCAAGGUUCUUCUUUACUACGGCCGAUAUAUCUUCACUGUAACAACAAGACACAUCGUCUUCUUUCAGAUCUAUGGCAGUCACAGAGUCCAUCCUUGUCGUUGUCAACGUCGCUGUUUUGGCGUUUCUGGUGAGAUCGUACAUCUUUCACAACAGCAACAACGUCGACGAAGAUGACCUGUUAGUUGAGAAGGUGAACGACUUCUACGACUACAUUGUAGUUGGUUCCGGUUCUGCUGGGUCUGUGAUUGCUGCUCGUCUGUCAGAAGAUCGUGACGUCACAGUCCUCGUUUUGGAAUCUGGGCUGGAUGACCGGAAUCAUGCUAUAAUUUCCAUACCUGCAAAAGGAGCUGAGCUAAUGAAAUCGAAAUUCGACUGGGAGUAUUAUACGGAACCGCAGACGCAGGCGUGCUGGGCGUUGAAAGAAAAGAAAUCGUACUGGCCUAGAGGUCGAGUGUUGGGCGGAUCCAGUACUACGAACUAUAUGGCGUAUGUCCGAGGAAACCGGUUUGACUAUGACAGCUGGGCGGCCCAGGGGUGUGACGGAUGGAGCUACAAAGAUGUUCUUCCGUACUUCAAGAAAUCGGAGGAUAUGCAGGACGAGGAGCUCGCCAAAUCAGAGUUCCAUAGCCGCGGAGGACCACUCAAGGUGAGCCGAUCCCCCACUAGUACUAUUCCGAGGAUCUUCCUGGAGGCAGCCAAAGAAGCUGGAUACAACGAGACGGACCACAACGGGGAAUGUCAGGAAGGUUUUGCUAUUCAGCAAUCCACUAUGGGAGAUGGUGUACGAUCAAGUACGUCCAAUUCGUUUUUGUGGCCUGCAAGGAAAACACGAAAUAAUCUCCAUAUUGCUGUACAAGCUCAUGUAACCAAGGUUAUCAUAGAAAAUAAAAAAGCUGUGGCUGUGGAGUUUGUCAAAAAUGGCCGUUUACAAAGAGUGAAAGCCACAAGGGAGAUAAUUCUGUCAGCUGGAACUAUUGGCUCCGCACAAAUAAUGAUGUUGUCUGGAUUAGGACCUAAAAAACACCUCGAACAAUUAAAGAUCCCCAUGGUUGCUGAUCUGCCAGUGGGAGAGAACCUCCAAGACCACCUGAUGACAUUCCUCAGGGUUCUUAUUAAUCAGCCGUUGUCAACGAGUCCAGAAAAGUUGACGAAACCGUGGACAAAAUUACAGUAUGAUCUUUUCAAAACUGGCUUCCUGGCCUCACCGUGCCUCAAUGAGUUUGUCGGUUAUGUCCGGACUCGGACUGACAUGGAGUAUGGGAACCCUGACUUGCAGAUUAACAUGCUCUUACACCUGCCAACGAGAGAAGAAAUCAAACGAAUUCUUAGCUUAGACUCGAAGGUUAGUGAGCAGUUGAAAUGGGACACACGAGAAGGGUUCUAUGUUGUCCCCAUAUUAUUGAGACCACAGAGUGUCGGCACACUUCGUCUACGGAGCUCGAACCCGUUUGAAUAUCCAAUAAUACAACCCAACUACCUCACAGAUAUCGAGGACGUCAUGGUUAUGUACAGAGGUGUUCGGAUAUUUCAGAAACUGCUGAAGACUAAAGCGUUCAGAGAUAUCGGAGCCCGACUGGACACGACGAGGGUCCCGACGUGUAAUCAGUACACCUACGACUCUGACGAGUACUGGCAGUGUUACGUCAGGUCCAUCACAGUGACUGUAUACCACCACACUGGUACCUGCAAGAUGGGGGCGAUGACAGACCCCUCCACUGUAGUCAAUCCUCAACUCAGGGUAAAAGGUAUAUCUGAAUUGCGAGUAGCCGAUGCCUCCAUUAUGCCUGACGUCAUUUCCGGAAACACUAAUGCUCCAUCUAUUAUGAUUGGAGAAAAGGCAGCUGAUUUAAUCAAGGGAAAGAAUUAUGUAAGACAGCAACAGACAUUGUAAACCGAAUGGUUCGUUUCAUGGAUUCCAAACUCUGCAGACGACAUCAAAUGUGUAGCCUACAUUGGAAUAAAUACUUGUAUUUU